AAUUAGAGCGGAGCAGUAAUUACUAAUUCAUUACAUUGCAAAGGGGAGUGACGCAGUUAUUGUAGAUCUAUAGCUACUCCAUGCUUUUUUAGAUGACCUGAAGUAACUCUUUUUAUUCAACAUUUUGGGCGUAAAACUGAACUUAAACCGAAAGGGAGGAGAGGGGAAUCUCGCUGCGUUUUUAGAGGCUGUAUGUCGAACAUCUGCGCCUCUUGAAUUUGGAUGCCAUUCCGGUUGGAGGUUGCGGUAGACCCCGAGGACUAGAUGCGAUAACCAGGACGAGAUAUGCCGCAGCCGAAAUCACGAAAAAUCGCCAUCCUCGGGUACAGAUCCGUAGGUGAGUUCUCAACGAGGAGGCUGUGGAGUCUGAAUCCUAUCUUAAUGGUGUGUGAUGCGACGCGGUGGCUCCGUUUGAGCGGCCUUUCUGUCCAGUGCAAAUCCAUCAUAGGAGCGGUUUACGCCUCCUAUAAUAGACUUAAAUUAUAGGGAGUAGGAUCUGUCACGCAGCAUCUCAUCGCGUGAGAAUGAGCGCCACCAGGUGAGCACCAGGCCUUUCCCCAAAACAAUAUGUUCAAGAUGGAUAUCUUUAACACUAAAGAGGGAAAAACUGAUCACCCUCCCCAUCAUUGACCCUCACCCUGGCGGCGUUAGUUUGUGCCAUGCUGUGUGCGCGCAGGCCCGGAGCAGGACCACCGGAUUUGACGCAUUACUGUGCAGAUUUUUUGAUCGUAUUUGUAACCGGAGCAGAGCAGUCUGAACAGGGGAUGCUGUGGAUGGCAAGAUGGCACACACAGAUAACACGGCUGGAGGCCUGGAUCACAUACCAGCACCAGCAAAAAGGCUCGGAUAUAUUCACAUCAUAACCAAAACAUGAAUGCAUCCCCGUUUUAUUUUGCAGAUUUUCCAUCAAUAAAUAAAUGCAUGGUGAAGUCUAAUGUGUUAUUUUGCGUCAUGUAAAUGUAAGAAGCAGCUUUCAGAUCUCUUCAUUUAUCCUCAAGCUACAAUUUAUGAUCCAUGCAUAUAAAUAUAUGUUAAUAUAUUUAAAUAUAAAUUAAAUAUAUAAAGAAAGGUUUGAAUUCUUUUCUUUUUUUUGUUUUAUUUUGAUUUUAGUAGUGUGAACUUCCUUUUAAGUGGGAUGCUUUCUUCUUAUUAGUGCUACCUAAUUCAUGAAAUUAAAGCUCUUUUGAGGAAAUUUUGAAACAUAUGCAAUUGACCGAAAUUAGUACGAACAUCGUAUAAUGAAAUCGAAAAGCAUAACAGUGGCAUGGCUGAUACCAGAGCAAGACGGUAGGUGAAGAAAAAGUCUACUUUUUCCAAUUUCCACAUAAAAUGUUCAUUGAUUUUUGAGCCAUUCCGACUCCGGUAACUUUUUAAGAACUUUACUAUAAAUUUUUCAUAGGGCUAUUUUCAACCAGUAUAUAAAUAUCAAUUUUUGUUGUCUAUAAAAAAGUACAAGGGCUAACAUUGGAUAUUUAAGUUGACCCACCGUACACAGUACAAUUAGUUUGCUGCUUCAAUGUUAGCAGAAGACAGAAGUAAGUUAUUGUUUCACUUAUCUGAUUCUGGCUGGUUAGCGGAAGACUGGCGCAGUGCAUCAAAGACGGGGCACUCAGGUAUUUCUCCUCCAUGAAUCCUGAGGUGUUUAAUCAUGUUGGUGGUUCACCCUCCUUUGCGUGAUAAAACUGUGUUGCUGAUGUUGCACUGAGAUAAGAGUUCAUUCUUCCUGCUAAAGUUAGCCAAACUCUUGACCGCAGCCGCUGUGGGUUGCAAUGCUCUCUCUCUCUCUCUCUCUCUCUCUCGCUCUCUCUGUCUCUCUUCCGUCUCUCUUCUGUCUCUGUGUGGCUUCGUCCUCGUUGGUGUUCGGCGGACUCCAGCAUCCAAACUUUGGAAUUGAAAUUUUAGAAUUUGAACGAUUCCAGGAGAAUCGAAAUGUUAGUCCCGGUCCCCAUCGAUGCCCAACCCUAAUAAUAAAUUAUGCAUGAUUAUCAGAGGGUGCUGUUUGAGCAUGUGCAAAGACUGCUUUGUCCACAGGGGGCGCCAAAAUUAACGCAAACCAAAAGUUCACAGGAGCUUUAACAAAGUUUUAAUGAAACAUUUUCAGGAUGUACCUGACCAAACACAGAAACCAACACCAUGAGCUCAGUUGUGAACAAAUAAUAGUAUCACUAUCUACAACAAACACAAUGAACUGGUGAGUGAGUGUUUUUCCAACAUGUGACGACUUUGUGUUUACAGUAUCCAUCUGUGUUUUUCAGGAAAGUCCUCCUUGACGAUCCAGUUUGUGGAGGGACAGUUUGUUGACUCCUAUGACCCAACAAUAGAAAACAGUAAGUUUGGAGGUCUUUUGUUUUGUUUGUGGUACACAGGCUCUCAUCCAGAAAAAUAUUGAAAGACUCUAAUCCUGCAGGGUCCCUGUGCAAACGUAGGUCAAACAAAAGUCAAUAAUAUCAAUUAUGGUAUUAACAGAGGUGGGUUACAGGCAGGGUGGAUAACCGUUGUUAUGGAGAACCCUGACAGGUUCCUCAACAUCAUUAUGCAUGACUAGUUUUAGACUAUAUAGAGGCACACUUAAUAUACUUAUAAAAAACACUAACAGUGUAUAUAUGAUGACCUAUAGUCCGCUCUGUCUGAGGUCAAGUUAUAAUGUAUUUAAAAAGCUCUCAAACACAAUCUAUGUUCUGUCCCUACUGAAUAGGGUUUUCUGUUGCCAUGGAGAUGUUUGGUUAGCAGUUAUCAUAUGACUCAAGUAUGGAUUCAUAAUAAUGAUAAUAAUCUUAUUGUACAUAGUACUUUCAAAGAAAGAAACAUGGAUGAACCAGCAAUGACCCUCAACCAUUCAAGUCCACAUUAGUUAUGAAGAACUUAUGAUAGCUGGACAGUCUGUAGUUUGUUGUGCAGAUAACCCUCUCUAAAAGUGUCAUUAUAUCUCAUGUAGUUCAGUUUUUCUUUGUUUCUUUUUAAAAUCUUAUCAAACUCCCUUUUUUUGACUUUUCAUUAUUCAUAAAACCUGAAUUCAGGGAUGCUGAACACAACUUUUAGCCCCAGUACAGACACUUAUACCUGCACUUUGGGUUUCAGUCGACUUCAUGGACUGAUCUGGUACCUGUGAUUCAGUAAUAAGCUUUAAACACUCCUAAAACCUUAUUCCUUACCUUAUAAAGUCCUAAACUAUGAUUGGUUAGUGGCUGGACUUGUGUUGCCAGUUAAAAACUUAAACAAACCUCUAAACUGCUAAAGCAAGAGUUCUCCAAUCCAACUUGAUUUGUUGAACACUUUAAAACAUCCACAGAGGACCAAAGUGCUGUACAGGGUAAUAAAAGUAUCAGAAAUAAAGACGUAACAUCUUACAUAAAACAUAAAAUUACAUCUAAAAAUAGAUAAAAUAAUGGAAAAAGCAUUUAACAUGGGUAAAAUAAUAGCCGUGCAAGCCAACGGAACAAAGGCCAAGGAGAAGAGGUUGGUUUGUUAUACCAACAUCAGUGUAGCAUCGCUCAUCCCUGCAGGACUACUGCAUGAAGAUUGGUCUCUCCCCAAUGUCAUUUUAUUAAUAGAAGAUUAAUAAUAAACCGAGCGGAUUCCCAGCGGGCUGUACUGUUCCCUCUCUGGAAAAAAAAAAAAAAAGUUUCCAGUCACCAAACCAGCUGAUUCGAUCAGUUUUCACACUAAAAAAACUACCAAUAAAAAAACUCCUAAUGUCUUGAAUUAUCCGUAGCAGACUGAGCUGGUGAUAUAAGUUUGCACAUCACAAGUUCAGGGAGGAAAUCUCUGACAGUUCUGCUCUGAGAGAGAACAUACAGUAAUUCAGCAGCCUCCUAAACACACACAAUCCCAGACACUCGGGAGAUUUGACUCUAAACCUCCCCUGUAGGCUGUUUUUCCCGACAUGUUCACUCACAUACCACCCUGCGUCUCUCCACUGUGUGGUCUGUAUCUAUAAAUACUGUCUGGAUGGUUAACAUAUAGUGAAGUGUCAGCGUUAUCAGCGUGGAGCUGCAGGCAGAGCGAUGCCUCGGUUCUGCUGUAGAUAAUAUGACCCAUCUCCCGGCUGAUAUUGACAUUUCUGUGCUGAAUGAACUCAGUGGCACUGAAAGGGAUCUAUAACGGGCUGUGUCUUAUGUGUCUUGAGAUUUGCAGACUGAAGAUGUAGUAUAGUAAUGAGGAUGCAGUUGGCUGUAUAGUACAGUAUAUGGAGAUGUACUAGAGUGCUGGUGUAUCUCACUUUUCGUGCGUUUUAAAGUGAAAUGGUAAAUCUCUUGAAAUCUUCUCCUUCUUCUCCUGCAGCAUUCACUAAAAUGAUCACAAUAAACGGACAGGAGUACCAUCUUCAGCUGGUAGACACAGCAGGACAGGUAUGACUCACUCUGUUCCUGUCGUCUGCCAGUCUGCCUCUGAUUUUUAUGUUAAUUCCUCUUCAUACGAUUGUGUUUUUUCCCACUAGUUUGCUGUUAAUUCUGCUUCAUUAAUUAGUCAGAAUGACAUUUAAUUCCUUCUGUUCCAGCUUUGCAUAUUAAUCAACUCCAAAUUUCUGCCUCUGCAGGAUGAGUACUCCAUCUUCCCACAGACCUACUCCAUAGAUAUCAACGGUUACAUCCUGGUCUAUUCAGUCACGUCUAAUAAAAGGUGAUUUCCCCUUCUUAUGGAGCUGACUGUGUUUUAAUUAAGCACCGUAAAAAAGUCGAGCCGCAGUGAGUUCAUGAGUGACGAAGAACAAACUUUCCCCUUGUGUCUUCCAGCUUUGAAGUUGUACAAGUUAUCCAUGAAAAAUUAUUGGACAUGGUGGGAAAAGUUCAGUGAGUGCAUCUUUCUCCUCGUCUUUCAUUUUCUCCUUCCUGUCUUGAACCACGGCUCUCUAAAAUGGAUGUAAUACAUCAUGACAAUCUGACAGUGUGCUGUACUCUUUCCCCUCCACGCAGAGUACCAAUUAUGCUAGUCGGGAACAAGAACGACCUACAUAUGGAGCGGUAUGUCCAAACACACGCGUCCACUAAAGACAGUUAGGUACACACAUGAGGCGCAGCAACCCAAGUCAGAAUGUCAGUAUGUUUUAUUGGAAGAAAUCCAUAACCAAACAUGCAGCCUGACCCGUGACAAACACAAACUAACACUGGUGAGAUUUUAAUAUCUUCCUCACAGAUCACCAAACAAAAAGAAAAAGGCUUUUUUUCUAUGUACUCGAAAGUGUUUAUCCGAGCAGUUUCUUUGGAAGCUGACACCGCAGCCUUUUCUGUAAAAUAUUCAUGUGUUUGAUUCUGACUGACUGACCGGCCUUCUGUCUGCAUGUGUGUUUGUGUUUGUUUGUUUGUUUGUUUGCAUGUGAUUUCUUCUUUUUGUUUCGUAGAGUAAUUAGUUGCGAAGAAGGAAAAGCAUUAGCUGAAUCCUGGAACGCUGCCUUCAUGGAGUCCUCAGCUAAAGAGAACCAGGUAAGAGCCCCGUUGGUAGGAGUAAAAGCCCAGAGAGCGUCAUGUUUGAUGCUGUUCUGCUGGCCUGAUUUUGAAAGUCUAAACGUUGGUCAGAUGUUGGUCUCACAAAGUCAUUUAAAGUCCAAAUCUGCCAAGGUGGACUCCCUUUAAUUUGUAAAAGAUAUCAAAAUUGGAGACCACAAACAGACAAUUUUUAAUCCCGAAUGCGCCCUCCUCCAUCUGUUUGAAAGCGUGGAAGCCUGCAGCACACUGAUGUUUGUAUGACGAGUCUGAACUUCACGAGCAUCUGCUGAGGACACUACUAACAGCUGACUGAACAGAUUACAGCGCUUUCAAAGAGACAGGAGGAGUGGGCCGCUGCACAUGCUCUGAAAUACUUCUAUGAAACGAAUCAGAUCAGCUGAAUGGAAACUGAAGCGGCAGCUGUGAACAUCAUAUUACACUAGACCAACACCCCAUAGAGUAAAAUAAGGUAUUAUUAACAGUCUAGGGGCGGGGCAAAAACCAAUACGGCAAUAUAUCGACGUCCUGUGUGUGAUCAUAUUCCUACAUGCCAGUUAUUGCAGAAUCAUGUAGCGCUGUGUUUUCAUUGUGUUGUAACAUAUUUAGCUUCUUUACCUUAAUAUAUUGAGUUGUUGGGUUUUGCACUAAUCUAAUAUCAGAUUAUAUUACGUUGAAUUGUUUCAUAGAGGAUGGCGUUGUAGUGUUUGUAAGGUGCUGUCAUAUUGGAUUGUAUCAAGUCAUGAUGAGGCUUAUCCUGCUGUAGCGUAACAUAAACAGCUUUGUUUUGUAUUGAGAGACACACUGUUGUGUAGUCAGGUGUGUUGAUGAACUUCGUGGACUAAAGGCUGUUUUUUUUUUAAACCUCUGUUCCUCAAAGUUGGCUACUUUUUGAAAAUGCUGAGAUGUUUAAAUGUGUAUCCUCCCCUUUUUUGACUUUAUUCAGGCUCAGUUUUUUGUCAUUUGAAGACACCCUCAGUAUAUGUAUCAAUUUUUUACAAGCUUCUAGGGCUGUGCGAUAAAUCGGUUAAUCAGCAUUAAUGGUUUUGUAUGAUUUACAAAAAUGAAAAUCAAGAUUUUUUGAAUAACUUCCUCUGCCUCUCCCCCCUCGUUCAUUUCCUGCAGAGAGGAACACUCAUAAUAAUGUCAUGGCCGCCACAGAGUGAAGAGUUUAUUUCCCAAACAGACUCGAACAAACCACAGUGUUCAGAGUCAUGUCUUUGUCAGUCGUAGUUUUUAUUUUAGGAGGAAAAGAAAAAUCGAUAAAAAUCUUCAAUCACGUUUAUAUCAUUAAAAAUCUGAUUUGAUUUUUAGUAAUAUCGCCCAGCCCUAACUACUCUUUUUACAUUAUAAUCUGGUUCACAUAGAGGAUUUACACAAUAUUCACCUCAGGAGUUUAUAAAGAGAAAAACAUCUGAUAUGUCGGUUUUUACCUCGUUCUAAGUUUGAAAAGAAUUCACGCAGCUCACUUCAGGGAAGAGUUUAAGCUUGAUUAACCGGAUGUACAAGAAAACAGAAACAGGAGGAACAGGAAUGAAGUCUCCGAGCCCUCUUUUUGUCUUCUAGUGGAGGUUUCGUUUUCAGAUCGUCUGCUGAAAAUCAGGUUUGCAAACAUGGCUGUUUCGACUGCCUUUAAGAAACAGACACUUCUGUCGUGCCUAAAGUCAGGGAGGCUCCACGCUGGAUGUAGAGCGUGCUGCUAGGAAAUUCACAGCAGUGUGACUCAAACAUGUGACAGUGUUUCUGUGUGUUUCUGUGUGUGUGUGUUUCUCUUAGACGGCUGUGGAGGUAUUCCGGAGGAUGAUCCUGGAGGCAGAGAAGAUGGACGGCGGCGUGCAGCCAGGAAAAACCUCCUGCUCCAUGAUGUAGAGCCGCCCAAUCAACACACAGGACACUGCACUGGGAAAUCCCGUUACUUGAAGGCUAGCUGCCAGUUCUCCUCCACCUCAGCUGACUCCACCCCUCCAGGGUCCUAAAUAUCCAAUACUGUCUAUUUAUGGCUCUGACUCCACUGUUAUUUAUCAGUAUUCCCUUUUGUCAUCCUCGUUUUUCUUUUUUGUGUUUGAUAAAAAAAAAAGAAGAAGAAGAAGAAGGAUGAGUGGUGGUUCCUGUGUCUUACAUUUCCCCCACAAUCCACCUCUCCUCCUCCAUCUCUGUGCUCGGCACUGAUGCAAAACACAGAACAUCAUUCGGGUGUAUCAGAAAAAAUGUUUUUCCUGUGCUCGGUAAUGACUACGGCGGUAACCAAGGCCGGAGCUAGUAGCGGCUUGAUGCAUCUUAGCUUCUCAUUAUGCAGCUCCCAUAUAUAGGCUACAAGCCCCUUUGCUGUUCCAAUAACAAGAGAUAAGAGAAAUGUCAUGUCUGCCAUGCACACGCUCUGAGAACGGAUAGAUAAAUACGGACGUUUCUUCUGAUACAUCAUCAGCCGUUAGGUCUCGCCAAUAUAUACAGCUCUUUUUCUACUUCAUUUCCACGCAGUGCCCACUUCUCCUCUCUGUCCCCUCGGUUUGUUUUCUUAGCGGUUACUGUCAGCCAAAAAAACAAACAAAAAAAAAUCUGCAUCCAUUUUCUAAUGUUGAAAAUGUUGUACAAAUGUUUUUGAUUGUAAUCAUUAAAGCAAAAAGUGGUUAUGUAA